AUGAAAACCCGCUGCCGCAUAAACCCAGCUCACUCCGCCACCCCACUAGCAAUCGCAGCCCUCCCACACUGGCGCUGGUUAAUCUGUGAACCGGGCUACGCAAACGUCCUCCCACCACCCAGUCUGCGCGUCGCGAAUCAAGACUCCGAAACCGCGCAUAAGAUUCCCGUUUCCGGGUCCGAGGAUGCGGUCUACGGCGUUCUUUAUCAGAUGGAUAUUGGUGAUGAGAUGAUUCUGGAUGGCUAUGAGGGUGUUGAUGAGGAGGCUGCUAAUGCGGGGGCUGGGGAUGGUGUGCCUGUUUCUGUUAGGCCCCGGGUGCAAGGGGGAUGGAUCUUAUAA